AUGGCAGGAGAAGAUCUCCAACUCAUAACCAAUGGCGAUGGUGCCGAGGUGCCGACAUAUACGAUCAUACAGGCCGACGGUCUCUAUCCCGAUGAUGUUGUCGAACAAGAGAUUUUCACCACCAACCCGCCUCACCCUUACAAAUUGAAGUACAUGCAAACGGGACUCUUCCCCACAGGCACCCCGUUACCGAAGCCCUGGUCAUGCAUCCCCAAAGAGAUCCGUGACCAGGUUGACGGCAUCAUGGUACUCAAGAUGGGGUUUACGGAACAGGAUUUGGCGCUGUUCCCGAGGUUGAAAGUGAUAGUGAGAAUGGGAGUGGGAUACGAUCGACUUGAUAGAGUCGCACUGGCCAAGAGAGCAGUCAUAGUCUGCAAUGUGCCCGACUAUGGGACCUGCGAAAUAGCGGACCACGCUCUCGGCCUCGCACUCUCCUUCCGACGCGGGAUUUUGUUACAUCACGAGCGCCAACGACAGCCAUACGUCGACCCCUGGAUGCCCAUUGACACGCCGUUGGUCAGCCGGUUGCAAAAUGCGACGUUCGGCAUUCUCGGACUCGGAAGGAUUGGAACCGCCGCGUGCUUGCGUGCGAAAGCGUUUGGAUGGAACGUCCUCUUCUAUGACCCGUAUCUCCCGAACGGCGUUGAUAAAAGUCUGGGUAUUGAGAGGACGAAGGAUAUCAAGGAGCUGUUUCGCAGGAGUACGACGUUGAGUAUUCAUUGUGCGUGCACGAGGGAGACGAGGGACAUGGUCGGGUGGGAGUUGAUUAGCCUGAUGCCGAAGAAUGCGGUCCUGGUGAAUACGGCAAGGGGAGAGGUGUUGCAGCUGGAUGCGGUGGAGAGAGGACUCCGGGAGGGCGUGCUGGCGGGGGCGGGAUUGGAUGUGCUUCCUGAAGAACCGAUCCCGGAGGAUAAUGUGCAUCCGUUGAUCAAGGCAUAUCGGGAGAAGGAGGAGUGGUUGCAGGGCCGAUUGGUGUUGACGUGCCAUACGGCCUUCUACAGUCCCCAGAGUUUUGUGGACAUACGGCUGAAGAGUGCGCAGACGAUGAGGGAUGUCUUGAUUGAUGGGGUCAUGAGUAAUGUCAUUACCCCAGAUAUGCUCUAG